CGCGCCGCUCCCCGCGCGGCGGCGGCCGGGGCCGCGCGCCUGUCCCCGCACUCAUGGCCGGCGUGAUCCGGCGGCUGGAUGAGGCCGUGGUGAACCGCAUCGCGGCCGGCGAGGUCAUCCAGAGGCCGGCCAACGCCAUCAAGGAGAUGAUCGAGAACUGUUUGGAUGCUAAAUCUACAAGUAUCCAGGUAAUAGUUAAAGAAGGUGGUUUGAAGCUCAUCCAGGUCCAAGAUAACGGCUGUGGUAUCAGAAAAGAAGAUCUGAACAUUGUAUGUGAGAGAUUUACUACUAGUAAACUACAAAAAUUUGAAGAUUUGGCUAGUAUUUCUACAUAUGGUUUUAGGGGCGAGGCAUUGGCGAGCAUCAGUCAUGUUGCCCAUGUUACAGUAACAACUAAAACAGCUGAUGCUAAGUGUGCAUCCAGAGCUACUUACAGUGAUGGAAAAAUUAAAGCCCCUCCGAAACCCUGUGCUGGAAACCAAGGAACUCAGAUCACAGUUGAAGAUCUCUUUUACAAUGUAAAUACAAGGAGAAAAGCUUUAAAAAAUCCAAAUGAAGAAUAUGCAAAAAUACUAGAAGUUGUUAGCAGGUAUGCCAUCCAUAACUCAGGCAUCAGCUUUUCAGUUAAAAAGCAAGGUGAUACCGUGUCAGAUGUUAGAACCCUAUCCAACGCCUCAACAGUGGACAACAUUAGGUCCAUCUUUGGAAAUGCUGUUAGCAGGGAACUGAUAGAAGUGGGCUGUGAAGAUGCAAAUCUGGCCUUUAAAAUGAAAGGUUACAUCACGAAUGCAAACUACUCUGUGAAGAAAUGUAUAUUUUUACUCUUCAUAAACCAUCGGUUGGUAGAGUCAGCCGCUUUGCGGAAAGCCAUAGAAACUGUGUACGCUGCUUAUUUGCCAAAAAGUACCCAUCCAUUCCUAUACUUAAGUCUGGAAAUAGCUCCCCAAAAUGUAGAUGUGAACGUGCACCCUACAAAACAUGAAGUCCAUUUUCUUCAUGAAGACAGUAUUCUAGAGCGUGUGCAACAGCAUGUAGAGAGCAAGUUAUUGGGCUCUAAUUCUUCAAGGAUGUACUUCACUCAGACACUGCUUCCAGGGGCUGACUCUUCUUCCAGUGAGGUUGUAAAAUCAGCAGCCAACUCUUCUGUGGUUACCAAAGGAACCAGUGAUAAAGUUUACGCACAUCAGAUGGUCCGCACUGAUUCCCGAGAGCAGAAAUUGGAUGCUUUUCUUCAGCCAGUGAACAACCCCCCAAAUACAGGUCCCACUGAAGUGACAACAGAGGUUGAUGCAGGACCUCCGCAGGGUUCAAACAGACCACAGGAUGCUGAAAUGGAAGAAGUCAGUGAUCUGGUUGAAAUGGCUGAUGUUCAGGAGGACAUAGGGAAACCUGGAGGGCUGAGUGAGAGUGAGCACUUGUCUCGCGAGACAGUGCCUUCUCGAAAGAGACCACGGGAAGACACAGACAUAGAAAUGGAGGAAGAUGACACCACAAAGGACAUGACUGCUGCCUGCACUCCUAGAAGAAGAAUUAUCAAUUUGACUAGUGUAUUGACUCUCCAGGAGGAAAUCAGUAACCAGGGACAUGCAAAACUUCAGGAGAUGCUACGUGAUCACUCCUUUGUUGGCUGUGUCAGUCCACAGUGGGCUCUGGCCCAAUAUCAGACAAAACUGUACCUUCUCAAUACAACAAAACUCAGCCAAGAACUCUUCUACCAGAUACUUAUUUAUGACUUUGCAAACUUCGGAGUCUUAAGGUUAUCUGAGCCAGCUCCUUUAUAUGAACUUUCAAUGCUUGCUUUAGAGGAUCCUGAAAGUGGCUGGACGGAAGAAGAUGGCCCAAAAGAAGGGCUUGCUGAAUACAUUGUGGAGUUUCUGAAACAGAAGAUUGAGAUGUUGAAGGAUUAUUUUUCUCUUGAAAUUGAUGAGGAAGGAAAUCUUAUUGGGUUACCACUUCUGAUAGACAACUAUGUUCCACCGCUUGAAGGACUGCCUAUGUUUAUCCUUCGAUUGGCCACAGAGGUAAACUGGGAUGAAGAAAAGGAGUGUUUUGAAAGCCUAAGUAAAGAACUUUCCAUGUUCUACUCCAUCAGAAAGCAGUAUAUAAUAGGUGAAGCCAAUCCAACAAACUCUCAGAAUGAAGAUUCUGACUCUGGUUCAAAAACAUGGAAAUGGACUGUGGAACAUGUGAUUUACAAAGCUUUUAGGACUCAUCUUUUGCCUCCUGAACACUUCGCAGAAGAUGGCAACAUUUUGCAGCUUGCUAACCUGCCUGACCUGUAUAAAGUUUUUGAAAGAUGUUGAGCAAGUAGUUAUUACAGACCGUUUUUUUAGAUAGGCACCAUUCCUUUUAUGUUCAGUUUUACAUAGUAGAAGAUAAAGCUGGAAUCUUGAUGGAGGAAAGAAAAAGAGAGGAUUUAGUAUCAUACUAAACUACUAACAUGACAGCAAAUGGUCUAUUUUCCUUCUGUUGAUCAAAGUAUAAAAAGAAUAAUUUUAGCUUUUUCUAAACCCAGCCCAAGUUCCUAAAAUAAAAUUUCCACUUAUGCUCUGAGUUUCCCUAUUAACCAAUCUGCUAACAGAAUACAAUUUCUACUGCAGAAAAUUAAGUGGGUUAAGUGAUUGUGAAAGAAGAUGGAGCUUAAUUUAGUUGAAAUGUGAGUGCUUUAACUUUGUUUGCUUCUUGAAAGUGAAACAGAAAAAGGCAGCUAACCUGUUUUAUGACUGUUGUCUGGCAGUAUCUGCAAUGAGAAUAUACGUGCAAAGCACUUAAAAAUCAUCUGUUACUAGAGAAGUUAGUCUCGUAGUAUUUCAGGCCCCUUGCUGAUAUAAGGCAAACCCCUUCCCUCUUAAUUAAGGAAUCAGAAAAUAGAAAUGGGAAUGGUCUGGCAGAUAGUAAAUGAGCAUGCAAACAUAAUAUUCAUUGUCUCAAAUUUAAUGAACAGGGCUUGGGAGAUCUGCUACAUACAAGGCUGUGUCCCAACAAGGAAAGCAUUAUUCUAAGUCCAAGAGGCAUCUAGCAUCCAAACCAAAAAGGAAAGCAAGCUUCAGUUUUGCAGUGUAAAGAUUUCUGUUCCAUUUGAAAGCAGCUCUGGUAUAAGCAGAAGCAUGAAUGCUCUUGGAUUGCAGUGGUCCCAAACCCUGCCUUGCUUUGAGAAAUACUCUUGAAGGGCAGCAGUUUGCAACAGGAGAGCAUUUGAUAUGAGUCCAAAAGGAUAAUUCCUCUCAGAAGGGCAUCUGCUGGCUUCAAGUAAAGUCUAACACAAGGGCUGUGUAACUUCAAUUUCAGGGGUGUCAAGUGCAGAUGCUGAUCAUUUCCUGCCUGUGAUGUGCCAGCUUAAAAAGAGUGAAGUUCUUAAUAACAGAAAUCCACAUUGUUCCAGAAAGCAUCUUCUUCCUUCUGCUCCCUCUCUUUGAUGGCAAUCCUGUCAAUGGCAUAACUACUGGAGAAUCAUGUCUUCUGAGCCAGCCAGCCCAGAAAAUGAAAUCUGAAGCAAGCCACUGGCUUGAGCUGGCCACAGCCCACAUUACUUCCUGGCAAUGAGGGGACACUGUCAUGGUGGAGAAUAUAGGAACUACUAAUGGAAAUUACAUUUGUAUUGUGAUUCCACUGUAUCUUGCCCUUGCUACAGUAUGCUUGUUUUGUGAUUUCAGCAUACUGCUGUAUCACUUUCCUAAAUCCAAAUCACAUAUAAUGGCUUAAUAUAUCAAAUAAGUAAAUUUGAUUAAAAAUGAAAAGCUCCCUCUGUGGAACAUCCAGAAGAGCCCGGACUCUGACAUGUACAUGUGAGAAAUGUCUAUAGAUAACCACAGACAUGCUUAAAUUGUAUGUUAAGUCUGGCAGCAUGUGCACUGUCACGCCAGGUGAAAAUACGAGCUCCUGAUCACACUGUUCUGCAGGCUCCUGACCCUCACAAAGCUAAUAACCCCAAAAAUCAUAAGUACAUUCUGAGUUAUGUUCAUUUUCUCCCCUUUUUGGUAUUUUUUUCAUCCUUUUGGUAUUUAAUAGAAACCUGAUUACAUAGUGCCAAGUUCCUUGCACAAAAAGAAAAAUACUCUUAAUAAAGCUGAAAUAGUU